AGCCCAGAAUCUGAUGGCUCUGACGAAUGUGGACACACCUCUCAAGGGAGGGCUCAACACUCCGUUGCAUGAAAUCGAUCCGUCGAUCAGCGGUGUUCUGACUCCGGGAGGCAUUGGAAAGACACCACUUUCUGUGACGCCAAACAAUAUGAUUGCGACCCCUUUUAGGACACCCGCCGGCGUUGACAGCAGUUUGGCCGCCACUCCACGUACGCCCGGCUCUGUGUCAUCAGUUGGCGGUCAGACACCUUUGGCCACACCUUUGAGAGACAAACUGGCCAUCAAUGCAGAGGAGGCGCUGGUUUUCGACGACGAAAGGACUGCAAAACAACAACAAAAGGAAACGCGAGAAACGCUGCGAAAAGCGUUGUCCGCAUUGCCGGCGCCUAAGAAUGAGUACGAGAUUGUGGUCAACGAAGAGGAUAUGGACGACACGUCUGUCGACACCAGUGUUUCAGUGGAAGAUCAGGCAGACAUCGACUCGAGACGUGAGGCGCAGCGCAUGGAAGCGAUUCUCGAAGAACGCAAACGACAGUCACAGCCCGUCCAGAGAGAUCUGCCGCGACCUUCAGAUGUGAACGACUCUAUACUGAGAAGCGGUGCACUCAAUGACCCGCAGGUGACGGACAUACAGAAAGCCGAGGAACNCGACUCUAUACUGAGAAGCGGUGCACUCAAUGACCCGCAGGUGACGGACAUACAGAAAGCCGAGGAACUCAUCAAAGAGGAGAUGUUAGUGAUGUUACACUACGACGCCAUACAUAACGCCACCGACAAUCAGUUAAUUGUUAGCAGUUUGAGGUCUCGGGGCGGCACCUCCAACCCAAACGCUCCUCAUUUGGCGUAUUUAGAAAAGCAUCCGUACGUCAAAUACAGCGCCGAACAGUUGGUCGCCGCUAAGGAUGUACUGCACAAUGAGAUGGAUGUCGUGAAGCAGGGUAUGGCCCACACGGAGCUCACGUUUGAGGGCUACUGUCAAGUGUGGGACGAGUGUCUGUCACAAGUCCUAUACCUUCCCUCUCAACACAAGUACACCAGAGCUAACAUCGCUAACAAGAAGGACAAGAUUGAGUCACUCGAGAAAAGGUUAGACCAGAAUCGGUCUCAUAUGACAAAAGAGGCGAAAAAAGCCGCAANUCCCUCUCAACACAAGUACACCAGAGCUAACAUCGCUAACAAGAAGGACAAGAUUGAGUCACUCGAGAAAAGGUUAGACCAGAAUCGGUCUCAUAUGACAAAAGAGGCGAAAAAAGCCGCAAAAAUCGAGAAGAAGUUGAGAAUUCUUUUGGGCGGAUAUCAGACCAGAGCUCAACAAUUGGUGAAACAGACCAACGAUUUGGUGGAACAGGUGGAACAGACUACUCUCGAGUUGCAGACGUUUACCAUUCUUAAGGAUCACGAAGAGUUGGCCAUUAAUAAGAGGAUUGAGUCUUUAAGCGAUGACGUGAAGAGACAGAACACGAGAGAAAACUCACUCCAAGAGCGAUACGACACUUUGAUCCGCAAAAGAGACCAACUUUUAGCACAACUUCAAAGCGACGCAAAUAAAAGCAAAAACGACACAAACCUCACUCAACACAUGAGGCACUCGAGCUCUGAAGACACGUCCGGACCCGACGAAGACGUGGACAACCAAACGGCUGAUGCCAUCGAUGUGAUAGAAGAAGACAAUAAUAGGAAAGACUCUAAAAGUGAUGACAAAUCCAUG